AUGAGCUACGUAGUUGACUCGCUUUUUUCAAAUGAUUCUUUGCACAAACAAAAUUCAAGUUUUACUUCAACUUCUACAGAUAUUGACAUAGAUGGUUUGUUAAGUCAAUUACCUUAUUUUCCAACUAAUGGUAUAGAUCCAAUUUUUCAAUUUACAAAUGAUGAGUUAAUAUCAGAUAGGUUUCCAAUAACAAAGUACCCCUUUGACGGAUUCAUAAAUUUUCAUUCAUUAAAAAUUUGUAGUUCUAAUGCUAAACAAAUGUCAAAAUAUUUACAAUUAUCUAUGGGGUUUAAAGAAGUUGCAUAUAAGGGGUUGGAAAAUGGUUCAAGAAUAAUAGCUUCGCAUGUUGUUUCAAAUGGGGAUAUUUUUUUGGAACUUGUUAAUACGUUGGAGACAAUCAAUGAGGAUCAGAACUUGUUGAAAUUUCCAUUCCUGCAAGAAGAGUUGGAGACAUUUGAAGAUUUUGACACUAAAUUUAAGACCUAUUUGGAAGAAUUCAAAAUAACUACUGAGGAUCUAGUUUUUGAUUAUAUUAAUAGUAAGAUUGAUAAUUUGAGUUCUGAUCCUGUCAACCGCUUAAAGUUUACUCAAUGUAUUUUUGAAACUAUUUUGAAAAAUGAAAAUUACAAGUGUACCACAAAUGAAUUAAAAAGUUAUAUGAUAAACAUUUUAAAUAAUUCAGAAAUAAUUUAUAAUGAUGUUAUGGAAUGUAUUUUGAUACAAAAUUUUUUAAAAAAUCAUGCAGAAGGGGUUAUGGAUAUUGCACUUAAUGUAAAUAAUGUUGAACAAAUUUUUUACAAAUCGAUUAGAUCUGGUGCUGGUAUAAUUAGACCACUUAAAAUAAUAAGUGAUCAAAAUGGAUCAAUCAAAACUGCUACUAUUACUGUUCCAAAUACUGACAUACAACAUACCCUAAUUGAAAAUGUUAAUUACUCUGGACCAUUUAAACCAGGAUAUUUUGAUCCACUAACUAGUGUUUCAGAAUACGAUAAUCAAUUGAAUAAAUUACCCAAAAUCCAGCUUACCGCAAUUGAUCAUUGUGUAGAGAAUUAUUCAUGGAACCAAAUGAUAGAACAAGCUAAACUUUAUGCUGAAAUGUUUGGAUUUCAUAAAUAUUGGUCAGUUGAUGAAAUGGAUGUAACAACUGGGUAUACAGCAUUAAGAUCUAUUGUAAUGAGUUCAAGUAAUGGUCAGAUUAAAAUACCCAUAAAUGAACCUGUAAAAUCUAGAUAUAGAGGACAAAUUGAAGAAUUUAAUGAUUUUUAUGGUGGUCCUGGUAUACAACAUAUUGCAUUACGUACAAAUAAUAUUAUCAAAACUGUAAAAUCAAUGAUUGAAAGAGGUAUAGAAUUUAAUCAUGCAAGUGAAAAUUAUUAUAAAAAUUUACAAAAAAGAUUAAAUGAUUGUGAUAUACAAUUAUAUGAGAAGUUUGAAGAAAUUAAAAAAUUGAACAUACUUGUAGAUUUUGAUUCAAAUACAUUUAAUAAAAAAACCAAAAAGUGUAAUUAUAUUUUACAAAUUUUUUCGAAACCAUUACAUGAUAGACCAACAUUAUUUAUUGAAAUCAUCCAAAGGCAUCAUCAUAAUGGAUUUGGAAAGGGGACUUUUAAAGGAUUAUUUGAAACUAUUGAAGAACAACAAAAAUUACGAAAAACUUUUUAUGAAGUUGAAUAA